UUACUUUAACAGCCUUGCCCAACUCCAGCACAACACAGCAAACACUACAGGCUAUGAGCUAAGAUGGCAAAGAAGAAAUUCAGUGGAUUAGAAAUCUUUCUGAUCGUCCUCUUCAUCAUAGUAACGAUAAUAGCUGUUGCUCUGGUUGUUGUUUUGGCAACAAAGGUGCCAGCUGUGGAAGAAAUAAAAAAUCCAACUUCAACCCCUCCUAGUCCUGGGAGGUGUCCACCUGAACAAGGUGAAAAUACCAAUGAGAGAAUUAACUGCAUUCCAGAACAACAUCCAACACAGGCUAAAUGUGAAGAGCGUGGCUGUUGCUGGCGUCCCGGAAACAACACUGUCGUUCCUUGGUGCUUCUUUGCAGAUAACCAUGGCUAUAACAUUGCAGAGGUCACGAAUGAAAACACUGGACUUAGAGCCACACUGAACAGAAUCCCUUCUCCCACUUUAUUUGGAGAAGACAUUCAAAGCGUCCUCCUCACAACUCAGAGUCAGACUCGUAAUCGUUUCCGGUUCAAGAUCACAGAUCCAAAAAACAAUAGAUACGAAGUGCCGCACCAGUUUGUAAAAGAUGUAACUGGAAUACCAGCAGCUGAUGCACUGUAUGAUGUUCAGGUCUCAGAAAACCCAUUCAGCAUCAAAGUGAUCAGGAAAAGCAACAACAGAAUCUUGUUUGAUACCAGUAUUGGUCCACUGGUGUACUCAAACCAGUAUUUGCAGAUUUCAACAAGACUUCCAAGUGAAUAUUUUUAUGGCUUUGGAGAACAUAUUCAUAAGAGAUUUCGUCAUAUCUUAGACUGGAAAACAUGGCCAAUCUUUACUCGAGAUGAAAUUCCCGGUGAUAAUAACCAUAAUCUCUAUGGGCAUCAGACAUUCUUCAUGGGCAUUGAAGACAACUCUGGGAAGUCAUAUGGUGUUUUCCUUAUGAACAGCAAUGCAAUGGAGAUUUUCAUUCAGCCAACUCCAAUAAUUACUUACAGAGUUACUGGUGGCAUACUAGACUUUUAUAUAUUUCUUGGAGACACACCAGAACAAGUAGUUCAACAAUACCAAGAGCUCAUUGGACUGCCAGCAAUGCCAGCGUAUUGGAACCUUGGCUUUCAACUGAGUCGCUGGAAUUACGGGUCUUUAGAUCAAGUGAAAGAAGUAGUAAGAAGAAACCGGGAAGCUGGCAUCCCAUAUGAUGCACAAGUCACUGAUAUUGACUACAUGGAAGACAAAAAGGACUUUACUUAUGAUGAAGUGGCAUUUAAAGGACUUCCUGAAUUUGCUCAGGAUUUGCAUAACCAUGGACAAAAAUAUAUUAUCAUUCUGGACCCUGCAAUCUCUAUAAAUAAGCGUGCCAAUGGUGCAGAAUAUCAAACAUAUGUGAGAGGGAAUGAGCAAAAUGUUUGGGUGAGUGAGUCAGAUGGAACCACACCACUUAUUGGAGAGGUAUGGCCAGGAUUAACAGUGUACCCAGAUUUUACUAAUCCCAAAACCUGGGAGUGGUGGGCAAAUGAAUCCUAUCUUUUCCAUCAGCAAGUGGAAUACGAUGGGUUUUGGAUUGACAUGAAUGAAGUUUCCAGCUUUAUUCAAGGUUCUCUGAAAGGAUGUACUUCCAAUCUACUGAAUUACCCUCCUUUUACUCCUGGUAUUCUUGAUAAAAUCAUGUAUUCCAAAACUCUUUGCAUGGAUGCUGUGCAGCACUGGGGGAAACAAUAUGAUGUACACAGCCUGUAUGGAUACAGCAUGGCUAUAGCCACAGAGGAAGCUGUGAAAAAAGUUUUUCCUAGAAAGAGAAGCUUCAUCCUUACCCGGUCAACAUUUGCUGGCACAGGAAGGCAUGCAGCUCAUUGGCUCGGAGACAACACAGCCUCCUGGGAGCAGAUGGAAUGGUCCAUCACUGGAAUGCUGGAGUUUGGCAUGUUCGGAAUGCCUUUGGUAGGGGCGGACAUCUGUGGGUUUUUGGCUGACACCACAGAAGAACUCUGCAGAAGAUGGAUGCAACUGGGAGCCUUUUAUCCAUUUUCCAGAAACCACAAUGCUGAAGGCUAUAUGGAACAGGAUCCUGCCUCUUUUGGACAAAAUUCACUUUUGGUAAACACAGCAAGGCACUACUUAACCAUCCGCUAUACUUUACUUCCCUUCCUGUACACUCUGUUCUAUAGAGCCCACACAUUUGGUGAGACAGUCGCAAGGCCAUUUCUUCAUGAGUUUUAUGAAGACCCAAACAGCUGGAUUGAGGACACCCAGUUUCUAUGGGGCCCUGCACUACUUAUCACUCCUGUUUUGAGACCGGGAGUAGAAUAUGUGAGUGCAUACAUUCCUGAUGCUACCUGGUAUGAUUAUGAAACAGGUGAAAAAAGGCCAUGGAGGAAACAAAGAAUUGACAUGUACCUUCCAAAAGACAAAAUAGGAUUACAUCUUAGAGGAGGUUAUAUCAUACCUAUCCAGCAACCUGAUGUAACAACAACAGCAAGCCGAAGGAAUCCCCUAGGCCUUAUUGUUGCAUUAGAUGAAAAUCAGGAAGCAAAAGGAGAAUUCUUCUGGGAUGAUGGUGAAACUACAGAGACCAUAGAAAGUGGAACCUAUAUUUUAUACACGUUUUCAGUUUCUAAUGAUAACUUGGUUGUUAGCUGCACACAUUCAUCAUAUCCGGAGGGAACUGCCCUUGCAUUUCAAACAAUCAAAGUGCUUGGGCUGAGAGACACUGUCACUGAGGUUACAGUGGGUGAAAAUGAUCAGCAAAUGGCUCCUCAUUCUAAUUUCACUUUUGAUGCUUCCAAUAAGAUUCUCUCAAUUACAGAUCUCAACUUCAACCUCGGCAGAAGCUUUAUAGUUAGAUGGACACAAGCUUUUUCAGACAAUGAGAGAUUCAAUUGUUACCCAGAUAUAGGCACUGCAACUGAGGAAACAUGUGUACAGAGAGGCUGCUUAUGGAAACCGGUUAGUGGGUUCUCCAAUGUGCCUGCAUGCUACUUUCCUCUGGACCACAAUCCCUAUUUGUUAAAUUCAACUCAAAUUUCGGCAACGGGCAUAACAGCAGAACUCCAGUUGAAUCCUGCAAAUGCUAGAAUUAAUCUUCCAUCUAAUCCCAUCUCCACUCUCCGUGUGGAAGUAAAAUAUCACAAAAAUGACAUGCUACAGUUUAAGAUUUAUGAUGCACAUCAUAAGAGAUAUGAAGUUCCUGUACCACUAAAUAUCCCAGACACCCCUACAAGCUCUUAUGAAAAUAGACUCUAUGAUGUAGAAAUCAAGGAAAAUCCUUUUGGCAUCCAGGUUCGAAGGAGAAGCAGUGGAAAGCUUAUCUGGGAUUCUCGCCUGCCUGGAUUUGCCUUCAAUGAUCAAUUCAUUCAGAUAUCUACACGUCUGCCAUCACAAUAUUUAUAUGGUUUCGGGGAAGCGGAACACACAGCAUUCAAACGAAAUUUGAAUUGGCAUACUUGGGGGAUGUUCACAAGAGAUCAACCUCCUGGAUAUAAACUGAAUUCCUAUGGAUUCCAUCCCUAUUAUAUGGCUUUGGAGGAUGAGGGCAAUGCUCACGGAGUUCUUUUACUGAACAGCAACGGAAUGGAUGUUGCAUUCCAGCCAACUCCUGCUCUAACCUUCCGUACAAUUGGUGGAAUCUUGGAUUUUUACAUGUUUUUGGGACCAACCCCAGAAGUUGCAACAAGGCAAUAUCAUGAAGUAAUUGGCUUUCCAGUCAUGCCACCUUACUGGGCUCUAGGAUUCCAAUUAUGUCGGUAUGGAUACAGAAAUACUUCAGAGAUUGAGCAACUGUACAACGAAAUGGUGGCUGCUAAAAUUCCCUAUGAUGUUCAGUAUACAGACAUUAAUUAUAUGGAAAGGCAACUAGACUUCACAAUUGGUGAACGAUUCAAGACUCUUCCUCAGUUUGUUGACAAAAUAAGAAGCGAGGGAAUGAAAUAUAUUAUUAUACUGGAUCCAGCAAUUUCAGCAAAUGAAACACAGCCUUACCCCGCCUUUGAACGAGGAAUACAGAAAGAUGUUUUUGUCAAAUGGCCUAACACAGAUGACAUUUGUUGGGCAAAGGUUUGGCCAGAUUUGCCUAAUGUUACAAUAGAUGAGACCAUAACAGAAGAUGAAGCUGUUAACGCUUCAAGAGCAUAUGUAGCAUUUCCAGACUUCUUUAGGAAUUCCACCUCAGAGUGGUGGGCAAGAGAAAUUUAUGAUUUCUACAAUGAAAAAAUGAAGUUUGAUGGCUUGUGGAUUGAUAUGAAUGAGCCUUCCAGCUUUGUAAACGGAACAGUUACGAAUCAAUGCAGAAAUGAUACACUGAAUUAUCCACCUUAUUUCCCAGAACUCACAAAAAGAGGUGAAGGAUUACAUUUCCGAACUAUGUGCAUGGAAACUGAACAUAUCCUUAGUGAUGGAUCAUCAGUUUUGCAUUAUGAUGUACACAAUUUAUAUGGAUGGUCACAAGUAAAACCCACUCUGGAUGCAUUACAGAGCACCACUGGACAGAGAGGGAUUGUCAUCUCUCGGUCCACAUAUCCUACAGCUGGUCACUGGGGGGGACACUGGCUCGGAGACAAUUACGCAAACUGGGAUAAUUUGGAAAAAUCACUCAUUGGUAUGCUGGAAUUUAAUCUUUUUGGGAUACCAUAUGUUGGAGCAGAUAUCUGUGGUUUUUUUAACGAUACUGAAUACCAUCUCUGUGCUCGUUGGACACAAGUUGGAGCCUUUUAUCCAUAUGCGAGAAAUCACAACAUUCAAUUUACUAGAAGGCAAGAUCCUGUAUCCUGGAAUGAAACUUUUGCCCAAAUGUCAAAGAAUGUUCUAGAAAUCAGAUACACUUUGCUGCCCUAUUUCUAUACACAAAUGCAUGAAGCCCAUGUUCAUGGUGGAACUGUCAUCAGACCCCUAAUGCAUGAGUUCUUUGAUGAGAAGGAAACCUGGGAAAUAUACAAGCAGUUUCUGUGGGGUCCAGCUUUUAUGGUGACUCCUGUCAUUGAACCUUUCAUGACCAGUGUGAAUGGCUAUGUUCCUAUGGCUCGAUGGUUUGACUAUCACACAGGGGAAGACAUAAAGGUCAGAGGAAAACUUCAUACAUUUUCAGCUCCUUUUGAUACAAUAAAUCUACAUGUCAGAGGAGGUUAUAUUCUACCAUGUCAAGAACCAGCACAGAACACACAUCUCAGUCGACAGCAGUACAUGAAGCUCAUCGUUGCUGCAGAUGACAACCAAAUGGCACAAGGAACUCUAUUCUGGGAUGAUGGAGAGUCUAUCGACACUUAUGAAAGAGAUCUAUAUACCUUAAUACAAUUCAAUUUAAAUCAGACAACUUUAACAAGCACAGUAUUGAAAUACGGGUAUAGAAACACAUACGAGAUGAUUCUUGGAAACAUCUAUGUAUGGGGGAAAGGAACAACCCGUGUCAGUGAGGUUAAUAUGAUUUAUGGUGGAAAUAAACAACAAGUUACAUUUACUCAAGAUGAAGCAAAAGAGAUACUAACAAUUAACCUGCAAACUAUGCAUGUUACUCUUGAUGAACCAAUAGAAAUCAGCUGGUCAUGAAGAUCAUCAUCAGUUUGAGUUCCUGUGGUGGAGUUGAUAUCAGGUCCAUGGUUCUACUUGCAUCUUUCCUGACUACCUACUUUCUUUAAAAUAGAAUUAUCACACCCUUUGUCUAAAUAUUUGUCCAUUGUGUGCAUCAAAAGAAGUACUAGUUUGUUCUAUGAAUGCAACCUGGAUGUCACUGCUCAGCAGGUUUAACAGGGUUUGAAUAAUUUUAAUACUUUUCAAGCAACAGCUAAACCUGUAAACUUGUAUGCAUGUAACUAGAAUAUGACUAAAGGAAGUGAUUUUUAAAUUAACAAAAUGUAUGUAACUAUAAAUUAUAUAUAAUAAUACAUUCAAUUGUGUAGACUAAACUUAUUUAACAAAUCACAAUAUUUCAUCAUUUUGUACUAUGCAUAUUUCAUUAUGAAACUGAAAAUAAAAGUUGUAUAAAUACA